AUGGCGCGGGCGACAUCACCAAAAAGCUCGCGAUCCAGCAGUCAUGAGAGCGGCGGCACUGAGCGACGCAGAGGCAAGAUGUCCCAGGUCAUUGAGUCGGAGGACGAAGGCUCGUCUGCAAACGAUGAUGAAGACGAAGACGAAGACGAUGGACCCAACGGUGAUGCCGCCUCCCUGAGAAGCAACUCGGAAGAUGAGCUUGGUAGUCAUGCCGACGACAGGUCGGACGCGGGGUCAACUCAAAGCCGCGACGCCAUGGACGACAUCAAAUCUGGCGAGAAAGCCAAAGACAAAAGCGUCGACGAGAACGGCGACGGGAAAGCUGAUACCACUACACCGCCGCCGCCGGAGAGCGUGAGAACACAAUCACCGGCAGACCAGAUUGCACCUAUAGAAUAUGUGCCGUAUGAUGAGCCUGAUUUUGGCCUCGUGGACGGGGAUCGCGGCGUUCUUAAAGAUGGCAUAGACUUUGACGUUGUUCUCGUGCAUGGCCUCCAUGGCAGCAAGGCAACCACAUGGUGUGAUGAAGGGGAGUCGUGGAACAAAACUCUGAUCAAAGAAGACCUGUUUGGUUAUUGGACAGUCCGGGAACUAUACUACUGGUACGAAACCAACUGGGAGUCAACUCACAUUUACUUCCCUGACGGCAUCAACGAGGAAGCACAGAAAUUGGUGGAUGAAUUGGUGGAGGCGAGGAAAGGUCUCGACACAGAGAAGCCCCGUCCAAUCGUCUUCGUAGGCCAUGAUAUCGGCGGCCUCAUCGUCAAGAAAGCUCUUGUCAUCGCAGCCUCAAAUGCCGCCAAAUAUGGCAACAUUCCUUGGGAGACGUCAACCCUGAUCUUCUUAUCAGUCCCAAACCGCAUCAGAGAGCUGGAGCGACUAGAGGAUGAGCUGAUCGACCUAAUCAGCACGGACACAACGAUCCCGGGCCUGGUGCGCAAGGCGUCGCAACUGGCACGCGAUAUCAGGACGGUCAACGCCGAGUUUCUCGACACCAACAUGCUGCUCCGCGCAAGCAUUUUCAGCGUGUACUGUCGUGACAACCGCGACUUCGCGACUGAGAAUGAAACAACUGGCUCGCCCUUCCCAUUCAACAGAUUCACGGCCGUCUUCGAGACGCCGUUUGAGUUUUGUUGCCACACAUACAGAUCGCACAAAAACAUCACCCGUAAGCCAGCAAAAGGAGACUCAGACUGGCCCUUGGAAAUCAAGAGGGUAAUUAAUGAACUCCCCUUUUAUACAAACAUCCAUGAUAGCAUAGCAAGACCCAGUAAGAGGCUCCUCUCAUCGACUCCUCCGAUUUAUCCAUACUCGGGGAGGGAUUAUCACGAGGACCUGUAUUCGUGGUUCAUCGACCAUGAAUCAUGCAACGAGUGGUUGGCAAGCAAUCGAGGUCUCAGCAUAAUGCAUGUGCAUCAUCAAGUCGAAGAGGCAGACAAUAGUGCCUCGCAGUCCAUCGGCGCUUCACGAGCUGUCGGCAUGUCACAGGCCAUCUUCACCUGCAUAUACACGUACCUCAAGGAUCAUCCAUCCAAAGGAGAGAACUGGAUAUGCUACUUCCGUUUCGAUAAGACCGAUGCGCGUUACAGGGACAUCAAGGCGAUGCUCAUAACAUUUCUCACCAUGAUCAUUUCCCGCUUUAGCUUUGACGUCGGCAGUGCUGCGGAGGGGAUGGAAGAUUUUGACAGGAACGUCAAUGUUAGCGACCUGGUCGACAUCUUCCAGGGCUUUAUGGGGCUACGAGACAACUACAACACGGAGAAAAUCACGUUUUGCGUCGGCUGUUUCGACCAGUGCGAGGAGGAGUCCCGCAACUGGUUUUUGAGAGAGUUGAUCCGACUGGGAAGUCUCAAGGAAAGCCGUGACAAGUGGCUGUUCGACAGUAGCGAUCCCGACUUCCUCAAGGCGGAGGAGGUGCCGUCUGGCGGUAUUUGGAGGAUCAACGCCGCAGACGCGGCGACGUGGCGUCCGCGCAGUCCGAGUUCCAACUCUCAGGCGAGUGUCAGCGUGCGAGGGUCCAGCCCAGUACCAGAGCCAGACGUGGCAGUUGCGGGAUCUGUCGUCGGCGACGGGAAUACCCAGAAGAGCGGCGAUGCCGUUGUCGAUGGCCCAGAUAUCCAUCCUGAUACAGAAUCAAAGAAGGAUGAUGCCGAAGCUCCAGCUGCCGACCAGGUAUCGAAAACGGAUGGCGAUAUCCUCAUUGAGAUCCCUCAAAACACCUCAGAAACUCCAGCAGCGGAUGAUGACCCUGUAGCGGGCGAGGGAACCCCCACUUCAGAGGUUGACGAUGCCGUGCCGGUCCCAGCCAUGAACUCCCGGAUUUUAAGGGUGCUGGAUGACAGGCCAGUGCUCCACCACAUCAAAGAGGAACUCAAGGCUCUAGUCUGCCAACAUAAGGGCGAGACCACGAAACCCGCCUGUGCUGUUCUCGACUGGCUCUUCCGCAAGAGCCAACACGCCACAAUGGCCACAGUCGAGGCGCUUGUCGCCAGGCCAAAGUCGCUUGGCCCUGAUGAAGUUUUCCGGAGCAUGCUUGACUUUGUCGACCAGGAGACCCAAUCCCAGGCGCAUAGGCUCGUCACUCUUCUUCGACACACACUGCGACCACUGUCGAGCCACGAAGCCGCCGUUGCUCUGACCGCCAUGGCGCAUCCUCGAGCGACACUCACGGGCGCUGAUGUUGCGGGCAUAAUCGACCCUCUGCUUCACAACUUCCCAGGCGUUUUUGAGUUGAGAGGCCAAGAGAUCUUCGUCUGGUCCCUCUUUGAACCAUUGUCGGAAGAAAUGGACUCGAAGGCCCAUGGUGCGAUGGCAGAGUUAUGUUUACAGUACCUGCUCCAGCCGGACGUCCAUCCUCUGAUCGAAGAACACUCUGACAAUGUUGCCAAAGACUCCUGGGUUGCUUUUGAGCCUCGUCGCGACUUUGUUUCCUAUGCAGCCCGGUACUGGUUGGACCACUACCGUCUUGCCGGCUCGGACGCCCCCAAAGAGUACGCAUACUCCUUCUUCGGCGACGUAAAGGCAUCAAGGUCCUGGCGAGAGGCUGCCAUCAGUCGUAUGAUGUUCGGAUUUCCGCUUCGCCACUACUUUUCCCCCAUUCCCCAGAUUGCGUCGACAGGUCUUGACGAUCUUCUUGAUCGACGCCUCGAGGAGGACAAGGACUCGGCCACCUUUUCAGCGGACUGCGACCUCGCGUUGAGCGAGGCAGCAUCCAGCAACCACAGUUCUGUCGUUUCUCUGCUCAUCGAGAGAAGGGAUCCGAGUCCAGCGGCACUCAAAGACGCCUUUCGAUUCGCAGCCGGCGACGGAUGCGACGCUGUCGUCGAGGUUCUCAUCGAAUACGCAUCCCGUGACGGUAACGCCGCCAAAGUGGAAUGGCCCGACAACUUGCUAUCCCAGCUCAGUGACCUGGGGAGGCACGAUCACUUGCGAAGACUCCUUGCGUUGGGCCUGAGUCCAGAUCCCAAGGACUCCCACACUAUGGAGCCAUACUUUCCCUCGCCACUCUCCGUAGCUCUGUCCGGCCCUCACCUUGAGGCAACCAAAGUGCUUGUUGACGCCAAAGCCGACAUUCUGGCGGUGGGGAAGAAAGGCGCUCGGCCCCUGACGGUAGCCUGUCUAGUCGGCGACCCUGAGAUUGUCAGGCUUCUCAUCGAAAAGGGCGCCGAAAUCGAGGCGCAAGACGAGAACGGCGUGACAGCCCUGCAAGGCGCCACAGACUGGGGCCGGCUCAAAGCGGUCGAAGUCAUGCUAGCACACGGGGCUGAUCACUCCUAUGGGCAGACCGACGACAAAGAGGCCAAUUCGACAACUUGGAAACCCAUCGUACAGGCCUCCCAGAAUAAUUACGCCAAAAUUGUGGCCCUGCUCCUGUCCAAAGGGGCCGAUGCCAACGCCAACGGACCCAGUGGCUGUGCGUUGUACCUCGCUGCCAGAGGAGGACAUGUCGACGUUUGCAAGAUGCUGCUUGAGAACGGGGCCGUAGCCAACGUGUCAACGACAGAAUUUGCCUCGCCUCUCUCUGUUGCCGUUGAGACCGGCAAAUUGGAACUCGUUCAGCUGCUGCUAGAUCACGGGGCUGAGAUUGAAGCUGUCUUCAAAGGCACCGGGGAUGAUGACACCAAAGACACGCCUUUGACCAUCGCCGCAAGGCAAGGUUUGACAGAGAUUGUGGAGCUUUUGCUGGAACGCGGGGCUAAUCCGAAUCACUACGAGGGUGAUCUCGACCCCCCGUUGUACUUAGCAAGCUGGCGUGGCCAUGUCCUGAUCGUCAAGAUGUUGCUCGAGAAGGGUGCGGACCCGAACGCACAGCUGGACGGCCAGGAUUGGACCGCCGUUCAUGCUGCGUAUGACAACCCAGAAGCUAUGCGGCUGCUGCUCGCAAAAGGGGGUGAUCCGGAUCGUGUGGCAGACUCGAGUACGGCCUUGCUUCUAGCAGUCAGGUGGGAUAACUUGGGAACUCUGAAAGCGGUACUCGAGCGGUCCCCGCGACCGAAUCUUGAGGCUGAGGAUGACGAACAUAUGACGGCUCUAUGCCGCGCGUGUCAGUCGUCAUCAGAUGAUGCGCCAGAAAUGAUUCGAGCUCUCUUGGACGAAGGGGCGGACCCGAACCAUGGCGCCGGUACGGACAACCUGCCUCUGCACCACUGUCUGAAGCAAGAGGCAUGCUUGCAGGCAUUGCUGGAAUCCCGACCCCAACUGGAUGCCAAAGACAGCCAAGGUGAUUCGGCAUUGCAUCUUAUCCCAUUGCUUGCAACAGGGAACGUUCUUCGAAAAUUAGUCAUGGGAGGGGCAGACAUUGAAGCUGUCAACAACGGUGGGUUGACACCUCUCGCAAAGGCCGUGAAAAGUCCCUUCAACGACGUGUCGGCCUUGUACUUAAUCAAGAAAGGGGCCCAGCCGAACUUAACAGCUCCAGGUUUCGAAGGAAUUCUCCACGAGGCUGUCCGAAACUGCGACCUUCCAGUGCUCAAAGCGCUCGUGAAAGCUGGUGCAGAUGUCAACGCGCUCAGCGGUGAAACAGGUUCAUCCAUACUGUAUCUGAUGGCACGCUACUUGAGUAGCAGCAUGACAGGGACCCGGGAGACGCUGGAGUAUUUCGUGGAAGAGCUCGGUUUGCCGGUCAACAUCUAUGGUGGACCACUCGGGUGGCCAUUGACGGCGGCGGCUCAUAGGCCGGGCGUCGCCUUCGAGUACUUGCUGGAGCAUGGGGCCAACACUGAAGUUGAGGAUAGCAUCGGUCGACGGCCAACACAUGUGGCUGCAAUAGGGCUAGAUUUUGGGCCGGCAUUGCGAUCACUCAUAUCACGCGGUGCCUCGGUUUUGACGUCCGACAAGAUGGGUUUGUUACCAGUGCACUACGCUGCUCACGGCGGGCACCCCGAACAGCUUGAAGUCCUGCUCGAUCAACCGGGCGUUUUGGUCAACGCGCCCGACACUGACGGAUGGACCCCGCUCAUGUGGGCUUGUACCAACAGACGGUUCCCAGUCGAAAGGAUCAACCUCUUAAUCGCCAAGGGCGCAGAUAUAUGGGCACGAGGAGAUGGCUGGGACCAUCAGUGGUCCCCGCUGCGACUGGCGAGGUUCAACGGCCUUGACGCAGAGGUUCAAGCUCUGCUGCAGCCGGACAGCGCAGCCAAAGGUAGUGAAGGUGUCGAGCCUGAACGAGUAUGGGACGAAGAGUUUCACCAGAUUGAGGAGGGCAAUUGGUCACAUGGCGAAUGCUUUGCUUGCAUGUCGGACAUGAGCGGAAAACGCUGGCGCUGCAUAUCGUGUCCCGUGGAAUCUUUUGUUGAAAUCUGCUUCAAAUGUUAUCGAUACAAAGAGAUGAUCCACGGACAGCAUGAAUUCAAGGAAGAGGGAUUCGAGUUUGAGCAUGAGAGGUUGAAAAGUCUGGAAGCAGCUGGGGCGAACACGCCUUUUGGGGACCAUGGCGAUAAUGCAUCCGGAUCGUUGUCAGAUGAUGGCGAGACCGAGCUCAGGAUAACGAAGAGAGAUCGCCGCGCAAGUCGCAGCAGCAACAGCGACAGUAGGAGCGACAGCAGUAUCGGUAUCGAGGACGAGGAUAGUGACGAAGGCCUCAAUGAGGACGAGAGUAGUGGGGACGAGAAGUAG